UAGAAAGCCCCGAAUAGACAAUACAGCGCUGAAUGGGCUCGGGGUCUAAACGGACGGCGUCCAAAUCGCCUGAAACGUCCAGAGCUACGAAGAGGCACGCUUCGUCCUCACCGGAAGACGGUGAAGUCGAUGAUCUGCCUCCUACGCGUAAUGGGCGUGCGCGAAGUCGGUCUAGGAGUCGGUCACCGCUCGCGAUCAAGGAGAGACAGUCUUCUGCCGCCACAGCGGGCAAGCCUGAACCCACGAAGGUGAAGGUUCCGUUUCCUUUCAAGAAAAAGACAGCAGGUGGUGGAGGAGAUAGUGGGAGCAAUAGCGCGCGUGGAGACUCGGUUGGGAGGGAGAAGGAGGUGGAGAAGGGGAAGAAGGCUUCGUAUGAGCGGUCGAAGGAGGACGAGCGGUUGAUCGCGGAGAGGGAUAGAGAACGGGAGCGGGAGAGGGACAGAGGCGGAGACCGUAAGAGGAGCGGUGGCGCGCAGUCGAGGACGGACACGUAUAUCCCUGCGAAGACGGACGACCAUUGGGAGCCUUCAGCGUCUUCGAGUCGGGACAGGGACACCAGGAGCCACACCUCGAGGCACAGGGACCGUCCAGUGGAUCGUAACGGACGGGAUUAUGAGGAUAAAUCUUACCAGGAUCGCUCACGGCCUCGUUCUACGGCCUCUGGAGACUCGAGAGACUAUCCAUAUAACGACAAGGAGAGAGAAACGGACAGGAGUAGGGGACGGGGACGCUCCUCACGCUCAUCUCAUUCAACUUCAUUGUCACCAUCAUCUGCGUCUCCUUCAGUCUCCAGAACAAGACACCGACUUCCUGCACGUCCAGUCUCCCCAUCACCCACGCCACUAUCCUACUCCCCUGGACCGCCUCGCGAUUCUCGACGCGACCGUGUAUACGAGCGAGAUAACAGGGAGUACAGAAACAGUUAUAAUCCACGCCGAGGUUACCGCGAUGACGAUCCCAUCAAUAACUGGGCUCCGCGCGGACGCGACUCUCAUGCACAUUACCAUCGCGAACCACUAGACGACUACAAUAUUGACGACAACAGGUUCUACCGUUCAGGGUACGCCUCUCCUCGGUACGAUUAUCGCGACUACGACCGUGACUAUGAUCGGAGACGAGACGACUACCGAGCGUAUGACGGUCGUGGCAAUGGAUACACGAGCGACAAAUGGGGAAGCGAUCACUACGUCCCACAAUCUCCUCCUCGCGGUCCAGCCGCCUUGACUUCAGGACUCGUCUCACCUCCCGCCUCUCGUCCCACUCGAUCUACUCCACCUCCACCUUCCCCAGUCGUGCCACCUCCCGUCCAAGUCCCCUCUGUCCUCCCAGAAAAACAUGCCGCGGUCUCGAUCGCUUUGCCACCCAAGAAGCCACCACCGCCCGCACCUGCGGAUGUGCAUUCGCCACCGUCGAUGGCUUUGCCUCCAGCGCCUCCGCCGCCAAAGAAAGAGGCCGGAACUACCCCGAAGGUGGUGAAGGAGAAGGAGGAACAGGUUGUGGGUAGGAAGAGGAAGAGAGAGCCGGUACACCGACCAAGAGAGGAUGAACUGAGGGUUUAUGGGAGGAUGUUUGCGGGGUGUGGUAAGCAGGAGGACUACGACGUGACGACGAAGUUGGGCGAAGGAACCUUUGGAGAGGUACAUAAAGCUGUGCAGACAAGAACAGGGACAGCCGUCGCGCUGAAACGAAUAUUGAUGCACAACGAGAAGGAAGGCAUGCCCGUUACUGCGCUGCGAGAAAUCAAGAUCUUGAAGGCACUGAAACACCCAAAUAUCGUUCCGUUGCUGGAUCUGUUUGUCGUCCGGAGUAAAGGGCGAGAGUCUCCGUUGUCUGUUUACAUGGUUUUUCCGUACAUGGACCACGAUCUAGCCGGCCUGUUGGAGAAUGAGCGUGUCAAGCUUACUGUCAGCCAGAUUAAGCUCUACAUGAAGCAGCUCAUCGAGGGCACGGAGUACAUGCAUCGAAAUCAUAUCCUGCACAGAGACAUGAAGGCUGCCAAUCUCCUCAUCUCCAACACUGGUUCUUUGAAGAUCGCCGAUUUCGGUCUUGCGAGAUCUUUCGAUCCCCACUCGGCGACUAUGCCUGAGCAGUCGGAUGACCCAUACAUCAAGGCACGGAGGUAUACGAACUGCGUUGUCACGAGAUGGUAUCGACCUCCAGAAUUGUUGCUCGGAGCGAGGCAUUACGGUGGGGAGAUUGACAUGUGGGGUAUCGGGUGUGUCCUAGGCGAAAUGUUUGUUCGGCAUCCGAUCUUGGCUGGGACUUCCGACCUGGACCAGCUGGAGAAGAUCUGGCAGCUAUGUGGUACACCGACCCAGAUUUCGUGGCCGAAUUUCGACCUAUUGCCGGGGUGCGAGGGCGUCAAGCAUCAUGUUCAGCAUCCAAAGACCUUGCUCAAGGUCUUCGACGCAUAUGGACAAGAGACAUACGAUCUUCUGGACAAGUUGCUCACAUGUAAUCCGAGGGAUCGGAUCACAGCAAGCGAGGCCCUUGACCAUGACUACUUCUGGAGCGAUCCCUUGCCCGCUGACCCAAAAACCCUGCCUACGUACGAAGCGUCCCACGAGUACGACAAGCGUGGUCGGCGGCACCAACAGCAUGCCGAACAUCAGCGAAUGCAACAGAUGCAGCAACAACAGCAGCAGCAACAACAACAACAACAGCAUCACCAUCACCAUCAUCAGGCGCAGCAGCAGCAACGUCAACAAAUUCCUUCCAUGAACCCCAAUCCGCCCCCGCCUUUGACUCGAGGCCAGCCUUACGAACUGCCACCCAUCCAUCUCGGGCACGGUCCCGGUCCCCCUCCAAACCUUUAUUUCGGGCAGCCGAACGGCGCUCCACCACCGCCAGCCCCGAUGCCUUCCUCAUACCCACACGCCGCACCUCCGAUGCAACCUACGCAGAUGCAGCCACCUCAUUCUCUUCCUCCUCCCCCUCCUCAACAACAGUUCUACGGCCAAUAUCCUCCGGGCCCACCUCCCUCACAACAGCCGCAGUAUCCUCAACCUCCUCAGCCUGGAUAUGGCGAUAUUCCUUAUGCCCCGCCUCCGGGAGCGUACCCUCCGCCGCAACAAUACGCACCUCCAAUUCAACAGCACUAUGGACAGCCGCAGCCUCCACCGUAUGGUGUUCCUCCUCCCUCAGGUUAUGGCCCUGGGCCGAGUCCUCCGCCUGGUUAUCCACCGGUGCCGCCUUACCAGCAACAACCACAACAAGCACCUCCACCCCCGCCACCUUCUGGUUAUCCGCCUUAUUAUCCUCCGCCGCAACAUCAACAGCCUCCGCCUCCGCCACAGCAGAGUUGGGGACCACCUCAGGGUGGGUAUCAGCAGCCUCCGCCGCAUCAUCAUCAACAGCAGCAGCAGCAGCAGCAGUAUUGGGAUCGCCCGUCAGGCUUACCGCCGAAACCCUCUGUCGCUAUGGACGGGAGGAACAGAAGUGGAGGUGGUGGUCCUGGGUAUGACCAGCAUCAUCAUGGAGGCGGAGGAGGAGGAGGAGGAGGAGGAGGAGGUACGGAUAGGAGACAGGGGGGUAGUGGAGGGAGAGGUGGUCGUGGAGGUGGAGGUGGAGGUUAUCGGGAUGGCGGUGGUGGUGGGUAUUAUAAUGGGGGUGGGGGAGGUGGCGGUGGCGCGCUUAAUUAUGGGUGAUAUCGAAGGGUGGAUGUCGAUGUGUGAUGAAGGGUCUAGGGAUGAGAGUGUACGAGACGGCGACGGGAUGGCGGGUGAUUUGUCGUUGUUGUGUCUCUUUCUUGAUUCUGUAUCUUUGCUGUGCACAAUUGAUCUUGCUUUGCAGUGGCUUUCACAGGC